AUGCGCGCCAUCCAAGUCAGCGAAUACGUCCAGGUCAGUCCCCGCAGGACCCGUAAAACAAAGACAAAAAAGAAACUCACAUCUACGUCACAGGGCCCUCUAGACCUCAAGGUCUCAUCCGUACCAACACCAAGCCCAUCACCUGAUAAAUACCUGAUAGAGAUACACUCAGCCGGCACAAACUUCUUCGACAUCCUCCAAAUCCAAGGCAAAUAUCAAAACCAACCCCCACUCCCGUGGAUCGGCGGCGCCGAGUUCGCGGGUACAAUCGCUGCCAUCCCGACGGCAUCUACAAGCGCGCGCUACAAGGUCGGCGACCGCGUCUUCGGCGCCACACAAGGCGCAUACGCAACCCACGUCCUAGCACCAGAAUCAGUCCUCCUCCCAAUUCCAACAGACUGGACCUUCGCCUCCGCAGCCGGCCUCUUCGUAACAGCACCAACCUCCUACGGCGCCCUCGUGCACCGCGCAUCCAUAAAAGCCGGCGACUGGGUGCUCGUGCACGCAGCUGCCGGCGGCGUCGGGCUCGCCGCAGUGCAAAUCGCCAAAGCGUUUGGAGCAACAGUGAUCGCGACGGCCGGGACGGCGCGAAAGCGCGAGAUAGCGGCCCUGUUUGGUGCGGACUAUGUCAUCGACUACACGGCUACAAACUGGGCGGAUGAAGUGAAGGCGCUGUGUGCUAAGCAUCGGAGCGGAAAUGGGGUUUCUGGCGUUGAUAUCGUGUAUGACCCUGUUGGGAUGAUCGAGGCUAGUCUUAAGUGUGUGGGGUGGAAUGCUAGACUGCUGGUUAUUGGGUUUGCGGCUGGGAAGAUUGAGAAGGUUGCGCUGAACCGGGUGUUGUUGAAGAAUGUGAGUCUGGUCGGGAUUCAUUGGGGGCAGUAUGCGCGUUUUGAGACUGAGACUGUGCGGACUGUUUGGGAGGGGAUCUUUGAGUUGGUUAGACGUGGUAAGUUCCGGGGCACUACGUUUUCGGAUGAGAGCUUUGUUGGGUUGGAGAGUGUUCCGGCUGCUUUAAAGGCACUUGGGGGGAGGGAGACGUGGGGGAAGGUUGUUGUGAAUGUGAAGGAGGAGAAGAGAAGUAGUAGUGCGCAAGGAGUCAUGCUCUGGUAA